AUGCCUGCCGCAACGUCUUCUAAUGCUGCUGGAUCCAGUGGUGGAAUCAACUCUGAAAAUGGCAAUCCGAAAGCCGCCAACAAUUUCCCUCCCCCGAAAACAGACAAGCCCAGACCUCAUGUGUGCGGUACAUGCCAAAGGUCGUUUGCUCGAUUAGAGCAUCUCAAACGCCAUGAGCGUUCACACACGAAGGAGAAGCCAUUCGAAUGCCCCGAAUGUACGAGAUGCUUCGCUCGCCGGGACUUGCUAUUACGGCACCAGCAGAAGCUGCAUAUGACAACUACACCCUCUUCUAGACCAAGAAAUCGCCGGGAGAGUGCCGCGAGUAGUACAGCUGGCCCCGGCAGAGUGCGGAAGGGGUCUGUCGCGAAUGGUCAUGGAACCGCAGCAAUGAGGCCAAGAGCAAAUACCAUAAGUCAUGUUGAUGGGGCUCAUAUGCAGCUGAUGGCUGCGGCCAAUGCCAGUGUUGCCAGAAACGGACUCCAAAAUACGCAUAGCCGUCACCCUAGUCUUGUAGGACUUCCCAUGCAUAACGAAUACCAUUUUGAUGGAAUGGCUUCGUCUCUGGGACACCGCGGUAUGGGACACGCACUGCCAAAAUUGGAAACUCAGGGAUUCAAUAGCCUGGAUUUUGGAGGCGGCUUAAGGACUGCACCAGUUCAUGGUGGAUUCAGUGCCGAUUUUGAUUACGAGAGAUUGAUGUUUGGCCCUGGUUCAACUAUAAACCCGAAUGCUCUACAUUACAAUGAUUCCCCCCAGUCCAUGGUAAUUGACUCUACAUCUCCGUAUCUACAGGCUUUCCCAGAUAUGACCGCAAGUCAGACAUUGGAGGAGAAUUUUGAUUGGAUGAAUGGCUUUGACCACCAAAUGUCCUUCCAAGACGCCAACGAAACUGCAGUAGAUGAUGGCUCCUCGCCGUCGGCAAUCAGCACUGCUAGCCAAAGUGGAAUUAGUGAAGUUAUGCUAGACGGUUCGAACAACCCAAAUGUUUCUUCAGCAUCUGUAUGGCAGCAGCAGUCAAUGAUGGCACCUCCUCAGAUGACGCCUAAUCCAUUUACUCUGGACCUCGGAAAUUCUGGCUUCAACGAUAUGAUGAAUGGCGGAGUAAAAAAUAGCAGUGAUCCAUAUUUUGCUACGCCUCCGCCAUCAAUGAGUUCUCCGUCCAUGAUGUCAGGGAUCACGACACAAGCAUUUCACCCUCCCAUGAAUCUCGGCCCGGAAACGCCAAUGUCCAUGAAUGGAAUAAGCAGUCAGUCUUCGCUACUUCCGGCAACUAUUACAGAUUCUACUCGCCAGGCGCUUUUGUCUGCGUUGGCCCAAUGCACACCAUUUGGGGGACGUAAAUAUUCCUUUCCAACAACCAGCUCACCCUUAUCCCCCCAUUUUUCGGGACGCUCAAAUAGCAUUUCCGAUGGAUCUCGGGGCCUCCCAAGCACUCAAGAUCUGCAGCGUUAUAUUGGGGCAUACAUUCGAUAUUUCCAUCCUCACCUACCAUUUCUCCACAUACCUACACUUUCUUUUGAUGUCCCAGGCCAUCCCAACGAUGGUAGCCAUGCAGCUGGAUUGAUUGGCGGCCGUGGGUGCCUUAUUUUAUCAAUGGCCGCGAUUGGAGCUUUAUAUGAACUUGAACAUUCGCAGUCAAAGGAGCUGUUUGAAUCGGCGAAGAAAAUGAUACAACUGUACCUUGAGGAGCGCCGAAAAUCUGACGUUCGAAAGGCGGAUCAUCGAAAGACGUCGGUUGACCAUGGAGCACGACUCCCCGAACACUCGGUUCACACACCAGUAUGGCUUGUUCAGGCUAUGCUGCUGAAUGUAGUAUAUGGCCACAAUUGUGGCGACAAAAUUGCUGGGGACAUUGCAAGUACACAUUGUGCUGCUCUCGUAAGCCUGGCUCGGGCAGCAGACCUACUUCAACCUCAAAAUGUCCAGGGUCUCAAUCAUCAACAACAAGACGCAGGGUAUUGGGGGAGCGACGAGAUUUCGGAAGAUCAACAAGAAUGGCACAGCUGGAAGGAUAUGGAAGAGCGUAAAAGGACACUGUAUGCCGUGUUCAUCCUUUCCAGUUUGCUCGUUUCUGCCUACAACCAUGCACCAGCUCUGACAAACUCCGAGAUUAUGUUGGAUCUUCCCUGUGAUGAGGAGUUUUGGGCAGCGGAUUCCGCCAGCAGCUUUUAUAGUAAAGGUGGUGCCCAUAUGGCUGGUCAUAACCAGGUCACAUUUCACGAUGCUUUGGGCGAGCUUCUACGCACAAGUGAAAAGCAACAGCAGCUUCAAGUGGCCCAAGGCCAAUCAUUUGGAUCCAACACCAAUCCUCAAGAGGUACCGAAGAGUGAUCUCAGACCUAGCACAUUUGGAUGUCUGGUUCUCAUCAACUCAAUACACAACUAUAUCUGGGAAACGAGACAGAGGCACCACAAUCGGGUUUGGACAAAUGAAGAAACAGAAAAAAUGCAUCGGCACAUUGAGCCAGCUCUGAAAGCCUGGCAAGCAGCUUGGGCGAGCAACCCACAUCAUAGCUUGGAACGGCCCAACCCUUAUGGAUUCGGUCCUUUGUCCGCUGACAGCAUUCCUCUCUUGGAUUUGGCGUACGUCCGCUUAUUUGUUAAUCUUUCCCGGUCGAAAGAAAAGUUUUGGCAACGAGACUGGGAUGGAAUGGCGGAAGAGCUUUCCCGUGGCAAUGAGAUUAUUCAGCAUGCCGAACACUCCCCCAAAUCCAACAAUGACUCCGAUACUUCUGCGAACAGCUCUAUAUUCGUCGACUCUCCUCCAACCUCGCACUCAUCACCUGAGUUCAAAGUUGGCAUAUUACCUGCAGAUAAUGGCCAGCACCUCAAUGGCCUACAGUCCAAUAAUACUCAUCAAGUGGCUGCUCAGCCAAUUUCAACUUCGAAGCGGGAGCGUCAUCUUCGCAAAGCCGCCUUUUACGCAGCAGAUUCUCUUUCCAUGUCUGAUAAGUUAGGUGUAACAUUUGCAGAUUUCACUUCUCGAGAACUACCUUUGCAGUCAGCGAUGUGUGCGUUUGAUUGUGCCCAGGUUCUCGCCGAGUGGGUUGCAACAGUACAAGAGCGCGUCGGGCGUUAUCUAGGAAUUCUGGGUAAGGAUGACAUCGACCUAAGCCAAGUUCCCGGUAUCAUGUUACUUGAAGAGGAAGAUUGCAAGCUCCUGAACAAAAUCCAAGAGGUACUGAAUAGUGCUGAGAUCAAGAUGAACUAUGAGAUGUCAGGUAUGGCGCCCAUGGCUCAGAUGAAUGCGGCUCAAAAACUUUCUGGAGCCGAAAACUGUGGAUAUGGGAGCAAGAUCUUGCGAAUCACUGCUUAUAUGCUUGAUAAAGCUGCUGUCUGGCCUGUCACGCAUCUUAUGGCCAUAAGUCUCGAGACACAAGCCAAUCACAUGAGAGCAAGAGCUGAAAAUUCAGUCUCCCAGCGCGACUAA